GAGGAGAUUUCUAAGAAUUCAUGUAAACGAGAGGAAGUUGGCUAAUGUGCAGUUUGUGAAAUAUUGCCUAGCAAAGAAUUAAAGAGGCUGGCUUCUGUCUGGGUGAAUGUGCUCCUGUUGCCUUGGUCUUUUAAAUAGUGAAAACUGAAUUUGAGACGUGAAGACAGUUUGGGACUGAAGCUGCACUUGGGGGAGCGGCCAUUUCAGUUUCAAAGGGAUUUCAAAGGUAACUUUUGAAAGAAAAUGGAAGAAAACAGAACAAUAACAAUGGAUUUAGAUUAUGAGGAUGCAUAUUAUUAUAAUUACACCUAUUUUGAUCAAGAUUUUUAUUCCCAAGUUAAUUACCAUGAAUCAUCAAACCACCCCCAAUCACACAUUGAAGGCCCAUUUAAAAUAUUCCUCAUUGUAUUAUUGGCCAUAAUAUUUCUUCUGGGUCUGUGUGGGAAUGGGCUGGUCAUCUGGAUGACGGGCUUCAAGAUGAAGAGGACAGUCAACACCACCUGGUUCCUCAGCCUGGCCAUCGCUGACUUCAUAUUCUGUGUCUUUAUUCCCUUCAGUAUCGUACAUUUGGCCUUGGACCACCACUGGCCCUUUGGGCUAGUUAUGUGCAAACUGACGUCCUUCAUAAUGUUCCUCAACAUGUUCGUCAGUAUCUUCCUCCUGACCCUCAUCAGCAUUGAUCGCUGUGUGUCAGUCAUCUUCCCUGUCUGGUCUCAGAAUUACCGCACUCUAAGAGUGGCUUCUGUAGUGGUCCUGGCUGCAUGGGUGGCUUCUGCCCUGUUAAGCACACCCUCCCUUGUGUUCCGUGACAUCCAUUCCACAGAUGAGAAAACCACUUGCUACAAUAACUAUAUAUUGGCUAGUGACCAAUCACACCUGUCUGCAGCUGAGAGACACAAAGCUGUUUCUUUAACAAGAUUUAUCUGCGGCUUUGUCAUUCCCUUCACAAUUAUAGUGUUUUGUUACUCCUUCAUUGUCGCAAAAGUGAGAAACAACUGCUUGGCAAAAUCCUCCAAGCCAUUCAGAAUCACGGCGGGCAUCAUCGUUGCAUUCUUUGUCUGCUGGUUGCCUUAUCACGUGUUCAAUAUCCUUGUGCUCAACCAUCGAGAAAUACCACAAUCGGUGCUCCAUUAUGGGAUUUUGAUUGCUAAUAGCCUUCUCACUGCAAACAGCUUCCUAAACCCUGUCCUUUAUGUGUUCAUGGGAAAGAACUUUAAGAAAACAUUCGAGCCGUCUGUCUUCUCCAGGCUGGAAAAUGCAUUAAGUGAGGACACACGCACCACAAGCAAACACAGUUCAGGAAUGAGAUCUGAACUGGAGAGAUCUUCAAUGGCCAUUUGAAAAG